UACUGGAGAAGUAAUUAAUUAUCUGUAGUGGUAAUUCUCUGCCUGUACUUAUAUUUCCUACCUGACUACUACUACCUAAACUUCUACUUUGAGCUCUUUGUUAUGGCCAUUUGCUGUAAGCCCAUAUUACUUAUAGUCUUGUUUAAUAAACCGCCCUUAUAUUAUAAAAAUAAUCUAAGGAUUACAUUAUCACAUUAUUUAUAUUGGCCUCAGCUUGUCUAUACAACUACAGACAUAUAAAAUAAAACAGAGGUUAAGGCUUAAGGCAUAUACUAAGGUUUGUAAGCUUUGAUUGUCUUGUUGCCGAGUAAUGGGUUUUUUUUCCGCCCUCCAUUGUGGAUGGUGUGCGGAGCAUGUUGGAGUCCAACCGACUAAAACUUCCUGCCGUUCAACAACGUCCAAAACUCGCAUGAGACAGAACUCACGAAAGGGCAAACGGGGGAAAGUAAAGCGUUUAGUGCGGAGAUCAUCUCUCCCAUCACCCCCUCGGAACGCCGGACCGGCGGUCGUCGGCGCCACGACCACCAGCCCUCUCGGUCGGCAGGCUAUCCGAAGCCCGCCUAGAUGGCGCCGGUUAGAGUGAGUGACUAAUGCGAUAAGGUAAGUUCAAAAUUCAUAUUUCGGUUUUAAGUCUGUAUUGUUAGGCGAAUAUAACGGGUUCUGUUCAGUCCAUCCGGUGGCUCGCUGUGCGUCCUUAGUUCAAAUACACAAGGAACGUAAUUGUAUCCGGUUAGACAGAAUGGAAUUAGAGCAGAGCUGCCUAUAACCCAAAGCUUUAGGACAUGUAUGCUUCUUACACCAGAAGCAUAAGGUUUAUUUACAUAAGGCUCAUUAGGCCCAAGAAGGCGAAGGUUUUAAGGAUUUGUCAUCCAUAAACAGCACUUUCUAAUAUACUUAGUGUUAAGGAUCUCUAAAUCCCCCUCCAAACAUGUUUUAUUCUCGCCCACCACCGAGCUUCACUUCAUCGAGCGAUCGCGAACGCAUGCACAUACAUUUUAACGAUUACAUACUAUACAUUAUCUACUCCAAUAUAUAACCUCAUUAUUAUUUGUUCUUCAGUUGUUUAUCUUUAAUAAACCUGUAAAUACGAGCCAAAUCGUUUCAUUGAAGAGAACAAGACAUCCAGCAAAGAACAUUGGUGACCUCGACGUGAUGAACGUGAUCAACAUCAAACAGCAGGGAAGUGUCCAUUCCUGAUUUAUAUCUAUUCUCAUCAUAAAUCAUCCAUUAAUUCAUCCAUAGGCCUUAGACUCGAACGAAAGUUAGCUUAAUGUACUUUAAACUUUAACAAACUACCUCCAUCAGUCAAAGCUUGAUUAUUACACAUUAAUAAAGUCAAAUAUCAUUUCGUAAUCAAUACUUCAUUAAAUACAGCAAAUUAUUAUAAUAUUACAUUUUGUUAACGCUGAGAUUGCAGUACAACGAGUUGUUACAAUACAUUUCGAAAUAAUUCUUUAAUAACAAGCGUAAAAUUUAACAUUUAAUUAUUCAUCAUACGCAUUCAUUUAAUCAUAACAUUUGUUUUGAAUAGUUCAAUUUCUGCAUUCCAGUAAACGCUUCGUGUCGCACUACGUGUGUCAUUUCAAAGCCGUUCGUUCCCGCAUCUGGCCGACUACAGUUUAUAAGACACUGCGCUGACCUUGACCCAUUGUUAAUUGAGGGCAUUGACCGGAUUGCAUAAUUUACGUAACAUUCUAUUUUAAUUUUAUUUAUUUUUCUCGUUUGCUUUCAAUUUUGUAUUGCUCAUUCCUUUGCCAUUAUGUCUCACACUGAGAGAUCUAUCUCGCCAAUCGGGAGUCUUAAACUAGAUGUCCCCAGUGCAAGCACAGUAAGCACAUUAAAAGAACUCAACGCUCGUCGUAGUUCCGUCAGGGGUCGCAUUACUAAAUAUAAAAAUUUCUUUAAUAAGAUCUCAGAAACGCAGCCGACCUUGCAGGUUGAUUUGUGUAUGCUUAAUCAAAGAUAUGAAAGUUUGAGAGAAAUGUUUUCCAAGUUUGAUGAAUUGCAGACGCAGAUAGAAAUAAUGAACACUGCUAAUCUAGAAGCUGAACUAGAUAUAAGAGAUGAUAUUGAGACAGAUUUUUCAUCACUUAUCGCAAAAACUCAAUUAUUUUUGGAGGCUAAUCAGACGCAACGCGAGGACUUUAGGCCCGCGAAUUCUGAGAUUUGUUCCAAUUGUUCAAACCCAAGUCAACAUAUAUCAGGCUUCAAAUUGCCUACUAUAAAAAUUGCGAACUUUGACGGCACUUACUUUAAAUGGCUAGAAUUUCGAGACACUUUUACUUCAUUGAUCCACAGCAACAACAAAAUUGAAUCAGUACAUAAAUUUCAUUACCUCAACUCUUAUCUUGAAGGAGAGGCUGCUCACGUCAUCAGCAAUCUCGAAGUUAGCUCUGCCAAUUAUGAUGAAGCCUGGCAACUUCUUUGCGAGAGAUACAACAACGAAAAGCAACUGAUAAGCAAUCAUUUAAACUCGCUCUGUAACCUUCAGCCCGUGUCUCGCGAUUCAUCUAAAGAUUUAAAAUUUUUAAUCGAUCACAUUUCGAAAAACUUACGGGCUCUCAACACCCUGGGCGAACCAACGGCGUCGUGGGAUACGCUAGUAAUACAUCUGGUCACUUCAAAACUCGAUAGUAGCACUAAUUUUAAGUGGGAGGAGCACAGGAGCAAUUUCAAGAGAUCACCUUCUCUUAAAGAUUUUUUUUGUUUCCUGAAAGCUCGAGCCGAUAUUUUGGAAUCAAUACAAUUGAAUAGGACAGAGCGUGCUUCAAUUAAUAAACGUCCGCUAAAUUCCUUCGAUUUGAGCAAAGGUCAACGGCCUCAAACAAGAUCAUUUGUGAUUUCAGCUGGCCAAUCCUCCUCCUCGUCGACUUCCAUAUGCGUCCUGUGCGGUGGUGAUCAUCGCUUAUAUGAUUGUGCGACCUUCUUGGCAAAAUCAAUCGCUGACAGGACCGCCGAGGUGCAAGAACAUUUACGUCUUCUGCACGCUGGCCCACAGUUACUACUGUCCACUGUCAGAGAGUUCGUCUGGCCCAUAGCGGGCAGAGAUCUGGCACGUGCUACUGUGAGACAAUGCAUUGUAUGCAGGCGGGCAAGUGCUAAGAUGCUUGCACCUAUGAUGGGCGCAUUACCCAGUCAACGCGUUGAUCCUGACUUCCCCUUUAUAAGUGCUGGUAUUGAUUUUUGUGGACCUUUCUUAAUAACUGAUAGGAAGGGUAGAGGGUGUAAGAUAUCGAAAUGUUAUAUGUGCGUUUUUGUCUGCCUCAGAUACAAAUGUUUGCAUUUAGAAGCCGUAAGCGACCUCACCAAAGAGGCAUUCAUAUUAUCGUUGCGUCGUUUUAUCUCUCGCCGAGGUAAGCCGAAGGAGAUUUUCUGCGAUAAUGGCAGAAACUUCGUAUCUGCAUCCAAAGAGAUUACAGAAUCUGUGAACUCUCAUGCUGAUGGCGUCGGUGGAUUCCUUUCUAGUGAAGGGAUUGAUUUUAAAUUUCAACCGGCAUAUGCACCACACUUCGGGGGUCUAUGGGAGGCGUCAGUCAAAUCAGCCAAAUUUCAUUUGAAAAGAAUUCUCGAUAACACUCACUGCACAUUUGAAGAAUUAGCUACUUUGUUUAAUCAAAUCGAAGCCAUACUCAAUAGCAGGCCUUUAUGUCCCUUAUCUUCCUCUCCUGAUGACCUUGCUCCUCUGACUCCCGGACACUUCCUCAUUGGAAGACCUUUGACGUCGUUGCCAUCACCUAACUACAUGCAACUUAGUACCUCUAGAUUGAGCCGAUACCAACACUUGGAGCAGAUUCGUCAACAUUUUUGGAAUCGAUGGCAGCUAGAGUACUUGAACGAAUUACAGCAAAGACACAAAUGGCGCGUACCAGCAAGAUCAAUCCAGAAUGGUGACUUAGUUCUACUGAAGGACGAGAAUAUUCCACCGAUGCAAUGGCGGACGGGUCGAGUCAUCAACCUAUUUCCAGGAAAGGACAAUAUCGUGCGAGUAGCCGAAAUCAAAACUUCGACUGGCGUUUAUCGGCGUGGACUUCGAUAUCUUUGUCCUCUAUUGGAUACUGCAGAAGAUUCUUCAUUGGAAGCAAAUGCUUCCAAGGCCCCGGAGGAUGUUAAGGAUCUCUAAAUCCCCCUCCAAACAAGUUUUAUUCUCGCCCACCACCGAGCUUCACUUCAUCGAGCGAUCGCGAACGCAUGCACAUACAUUUUAACGAUUACAUACUAUACAUUAUCUACUCCAAUAUAUAACCUCAUUAUUAUUUGUUCUUCAGUUGUUUAUCUUUAAUAAACCUGUAAAUACGA